AUGGCCUCGACAAAACAACCAUCAAUAUUCCUCCUCUUUGCCCUUAUAUCCCUCUCCAUCACAAUCAACUCCUCCAAUGCUACUGAUUGUGUUGGCAGCGGAGCCAUCUCUGUUUACUGGGGUCAGCAUCCCAAUAACGAUGAGGGCACCUUGCAAGCUACAUGUGCCACCGGAAACUAUGACAUCGUCAUCCUCGAAAGCCUCAUUGUGUUUGACAGUGGCAGGACCCCAUUGUUAAACUUGGAUAAUCAUUGUAGCGGCAACUCUUGCUCUGUGCUACAAUCACAAAUAGAAUACUGCCAAGAAAACAACAUCAAAGUUUUCCUUUCCAUUGGUCUAGUUUCAGCCGGCCUAACAACCAACACUGCUUCGUUAUCAGCAUCAGAGAAUGUGACAAAAGAUCUUGCAGAUUACCUCUUGGAGAAGUACCUAAGUGGUAAUUCAGGUCCUUUAGGAAAUGUGUAUUUGGAUGGCAUUGAUAUUGCUGAUGUUUCAGAUAGUGAACACAUAAAAUGGGAUGAACUUGUUAAGCUCAUUAAUGCAUCCACAACAGAUAGAAGGAUUUACCUAUCUGCAUCACCACAAUGCAUAUAUCCAGAUCGCUACCUUAGCUCCGCAAUCAACACUGGCCUUGUUGAUUACGUUUGGGUUGAGUUCUACUACCAGAACCCUGAUUGCAUAUACUCAAAUGGAAAUCCUUCAAAGCUUUUGAGUGCAUGGAAAACAUGGACCUCACGUGUUCCCAAUAGCUUAAUAUUCUUGGGUCUUGCGGCUUCUGAUACAAUAGCUGGUUAUAUAAAACCAGAUGCACUCAUAUCUGAGGUUUUACCAACAGUAAAGGAAGCUUCCAACUAUGGUGGAGUUAUGAUUUGGGACAGGUAUCUUGAUAAAAUUAAUAAUUAUUCUCCUCAGAUAAAAGAUAGUGUCUCAAAAGUUUGCCGAUGUGUGUGUGAUGAGUCUGCAUCGACCAGUUUCUAUGGUCUUCCUCUGCGGGGAACCAUUUGA